UAUUAUUUCAGUGUUACUCUUUCUUUCUCCUGUGGGGUAUUUCAGUGUAUUUUUAAGCAUCGAUCGACUGAAGAAUUUGAGAGCCUUCCUUACAUUUGCACACUAUUAAACUCUUCCAUGUGGACUUACUAUGGUAUUAUCAAGACUAGAGAGUUUCUCGUGGCCACUAUAAAUGGGUUUGGUGCUGUCGUUGAGAUUGUUUUCUUGACAUUGUUCCUUGUUUUUGCACCUCCAAGAAUUAGGGCAAAGACUGCCAUGCUUAUUGGGAUUUUGGAUGUAGGUUUUCUAGCAGCAGCAAUAUUUGUUUGCCAGUUCUUAUUGCAGGGUGAUAUAAAGAUCGAUAUCAUAGGAUUCUUGGGUGCUGGACUUAACGUAGUCAUUUAUGGUUCUCCUCUUGCAGCCAUGAAAAAAGUGGUGAGGACUAAAACUGUGGAGUCUAUGCCUUUCCUUCUGUCCCCUUUCGUUUUCUUGAAUGGAGGGGUGUGGACUUGCUACGCCGUGCCAAGGAAAGAUUGGUUUCUGGGAGUGGCAAAUGUGGCUGGAUUUUUUCUUGGAGCAGCUCAACUAAUACUUUAUGCAAUAUAUUGCAAACCCAAGUCAUCAAAGAAUGCAGCAUCAAAGGAUUCAGAGCAUGGUUCACAGCAUGAACACCUUCUACAAUCUUCCAGCCAUUUUAGAGAAAAUAAUGAAGGAUAGAGGCCUUGCCUGUUGGUUGCAUGCAUAUCAGUUUGGACUAGAUCAGUUUGAGUUGAUCAGGAUUUUUAUUUUUAUUUUUAUGGGAGAAGGGAGGAUA